CCCAGCCUGGGCGAGCGGCAGGCACCUGCCCGGCGCCGCCUCCGCGCGCCCCGCCGCCGCCCAACUUGGAUGGAGUUGUGGUCCUGAGCGCACACCCUGCCGCCUUCAGCCCAGAGCCUCGCUCCGCUGCCUGCCUUCGGUUCGGGACCCCCUCUCCGCUCCUCUCCGCUCCAGAGAUGGGAAAAGUUGGCGCCGGGGACCGCUCCUCGGCCGCGCUUAGCGCGCUCCUAACGGGAGCGGGGCUUCUGAUGCUCUUAGCCCCUGGCGUCUGCAGCAGCCUUUCUUGUUGCCCUCCGCAGCACCCUAGCUCGACCCCACGCUGGACCCUUACCCCAAGAGGCUUUUCUUACCCGGGACCGCUGGGUCGGGCUCCUGCCACGCCCCCGCCCCUCUUCAUGAGACCCCUGUUCACAGUGGCCCCCGGGGACCGGGCGCUGUUUCUGGAGCGAGCUGGGGGCAGUAGGGUGUCAGCGGCGACCGCUUCACGCUCUGGCCGUAGGAGACGGAGUGGAAUGGAUCCUGAGAAGACUGAACCCGGAGAGGGUGCGAGUCGGAGCCGCCGGGACAUGCUAAGGGAUGGAGGGCAGCAGGGGCCUGGGACUGGCGCGCGGGACCCGGACAAAGCCACCCGCUUCCGGAUGGAGGAGCUGAGAUUGACCAGCACCACAUUUGCGCUGACUGGAGACUCGGCACACAACCAAGCUAUGGUCCACUGGUCUGGCCACAACAGCAGCGUGAUUCUCAUUUUGACAAAGCUCUAUGACUAUAACCUGGGAAGCAUCACUGAGAGCUCGCUUUGGAGGUCAACCGAUUAUGGGACAACCUACGAGAAGCUGAAUGAUAAAGUGGGGUUGAAGACCAUUUUGAGCUAUCUCUAUGUGUGCCCAACCAACAAGCGUAAGAUUAUGCUACUCACGGACCCGGAGAUUGAGAGCAGUUUGUUGAUCAGCUCAGAUGAAGGGGCAACGUAUCAAAAGUACCGGCUCAACUUUUACAUCCAGAGUUUGCUUUUCCAUCCGAAGCAAGAAGACUGGAUCCUGGCAUAUAGUCAAGACCAAAAGUUAUACAGUUCGGCUGAGUUUGGCAGAAGAUGGCAGCUUAUCCAGGAAGCAGUGGUACCCAAUAGGUUUUACUGGUCUGUGCUGGGGUCGAACAAAGAACCAGACCUUGUGCAUCUCGAGGCCAGGACCGUAGAUGGUCAUUCCAUAUACUUAACUUGUCGGAUGCAAAACUGCACGGAAGCCAACAGAAAUAAACCUUUCCCAGGCUACAUUGACCCGGAUUCUUUGAUUGUGCAGGAUGAUUAUGUGUUUGUUCAGCUCACAUCAGGAGGAAGACCACAUUACUACGUGUCCUACCGAAGAAACCCGUUUGCACAAAUGAAGCUUCCGAAAUACGCUUUGCCCAAGGAUAUGCAUGUCAUUAGUACGGAUGAGAAUCAGGUGUUUGCAGCAGUUCAAGAGUGGAACCAGAAUGACACCUACAACCUGUACAUCUCAGACACACGCGGGGUCUACUUCACACUGGCCUUGGAGAAUGUGCAGAGCAGCAGAGGGCCUGAGGGCAAUGUCAUGAUUGACCUUUAUGAGGUAGCAGGGAUAAAGGGAAUGUUCUUGGCUAACAAGAAGAUUGACAACCAAGUGAAGACUUUCAUCACUUACAACAAAGGCAGAGACUGGCGUUUGCUGCAGGCUCCAGAUGCAGAUCUAAGGGGGGACCCUGUGCACUGUUUGCUGCCCUACUGUUCACUACACCUUCAUCUCAAAGUUUCUGAGAAUCCCUACACAUCUGGGAUCAUUGCCAGCAGAGACACAGCCCCAAGUAUUAUAGUUGCAUCAGGUAACAUAGGCUCUGAGUUGUCAGACAACGACAUCAGCAUGUUUGUAUCAUCAGAUGCAGGGAACACUUGGAGGCAGAUUUUUGAAGAAGAGCACAGCAUUUUGUACCUUGAUCAAGGGGGAGUCCUGGUUGCUAUGAAACACACAUCUCUCCCAAUUCGGCACCUGUGGUUGAGUUUUGAUGAAGGGAGGUCUUGGAGCAAAUACAGUUUUACAUCCAUCCCACUUUUUGUGGAUGGAGUCCUGGGGGAGCCUGGAGAAGAGACACUAAUCAUGACAGUGUUUGGACACUUCAGUCAUCGUUCUGAGUGGCAGCUGGUCAAAGUGGAUUACAAGUCCAUUUUUGACAGACGCUGUGCUGAAGAAGACUACAGACCCUGGCAGUUACAUAGCCAGGGGGAAGCAUGCAUCAUGGGAGCCAAGAGGAUCUAUAAGAAGCGAAAGUCUGAGCGCAAGUGUAUGCAAGGGAAGUAUGCAGGAGCAAUGGAGUCUGAGCCUUGUGUCUGUACAGAGGCGGACUUUGACUGUGACUAUGGCUACGAGAGACAUAGUAGUGGACAAUGCCUACCAGCAUUUUGGUUCAACCCAUCCUCACUGUCAAAAGACUGCAGCUUGGGACAGAGUUACCUCAACAGCACUGGGUACAGGAAGGUGGUUUCCAAUAACUGUACAGAUGGAGUGAGGGAACAGUACACUGCCAAACCACAGAAGUGUCCAGGGAAGGCCCCUCGUGGGCUGCGGAUUGUCACUGCAGACGGGAAACUGACAGCAGAACAGGGGCACAAUGUCACUCUCAUGGUGCAGUUGGAAGAGGGGGAUGUACAGCGGACACUCAUCCAAGUGGACUUUGGAGAUGGCAUUGCAGUGUCUUAUGUCAACCUCAGCUCGAUGGAAGACGGAAUCAAGCAUGUAUAUCAGAAUGUGGGCAUUUUCCGAGUGACCGUGCAGGUGGACAACAGUCUGGGGUCUGACAGCGCCGUCCUGUACUUACAUGUAACUUGUCCCCUGGAACAUGUGCACCUGUCCCUUCCUUUUGUCACAACAAAGAACAAAGAGGUCAACGCAACUGCCGUGCUUUGGCCCAGCCAAGUGGGCACUCUCACUUACGUGUGGUGGUAUGGAAACAACACAGAGCCCCUGAUCACCUUGGAGGGCAGCAUAUCAUUCAAGUUUACUUCUGAAGGAAUGAACACUAUCACGGUACAGGUCUCAGCUGGGAAUGCCAUACUGCAAGACACUAAGACCAUUGCGGUAUACGAGGAAUUCCGGUCUCUUCGCUUGGCUUUUUCUCCAAACUUGGAUGACUACAACCCUGACAUCCCGGAGUGGAGGAGGGACAUCAGCCGAGUAAUCAAAAAGUCUCUGGUGGAAGCCACAGGGAUUCCCAGCCAGCAUAUCCUGGUGGCAGUGUUACCUGGCUUACCCACUGCUGCUGAGCUCUUUGUUUUGCCCUAUCAAGAUGGAACCAGAGAAAACAAAAGGUCCCCAGAGGACCUGGAGCAGAUAUCUGAAGUCCUAAUCCACAAACUCAACCAAAACUUGGUGCACUUUGAGCUGAAGCCUGGGGUCCAAGUUCUUGUCCACGCAGCUCACCUAACAGCAGCCCCCCUGGUGGACCUCACUCCUACCCACAGCGGAUCUGCCAUGCUGAUGUUGCUCUCAGUGGUGUUUGUGGGGUUGGCCGUGUUCGUCAUCUACAAGUUUAAAAGGAGAGUAGCUUUACCCUCCCCUCCCUCCCCUUCUACUCAACCUGGGGACUCAUCUCUCCGAUUGCAAAGACCAAGACAAGCCACUCCACCUUCAUCGCCAAAGCGGGGAUCUGCUGGGGCACAAUUUGCAAUCUAAGGAAAACCCCCAAAGGCUACAGGAGACCUGCUGAUCAGAAAAGAAUUUCGCUCUUGUCAAGUACAUCAUCCUUCAUGACCACUAACUUUGUUUUUUUUUCUUCUUCUUCUUCUUCUGUUGUUCUGUUUCCUAUUUCGCCAGGAAGUAUUUCCAUAGUUGCUGAGAAUCAAAGCACAAAAGAAAUCCCUACCUAUGUAAAUGUUUGAAUGGAGGACGCCAGUAAAAACAAACAAACAAAAAGUAAAUAAAAAUAAAAACAAUCAAAAUCCAAAAUAACAAGUAAACACUCUCACUGCAUCGGAACUUUUAAAUUCUUCAGACACAGACAACAAGGGUUUUUAGCUUUAAGCCUGUGCAUGUGGACAAUACUUUGAGAACGUGUUUGGAGGGGCAGUGUACAGGUGCUCUAUUUUAAUGGAAAACACUCCCCUCCCUCUCUCAUCUCCUUUUCUGAUCGGUCGUGUUUGUAGAAAAUUCAUAACAUAUACAGGCCAAGGAAAUCUGCAUGUAUUUUUGAAAAUAUUCUUGGCUCUAGAUUUAACAGUUCUUUUAGCCCUAGGGGCUGAUGGUGGAUUAGCCAUCCCCAGCCUCUUCCUAAAACCACAAAGACAUGCACAGGAUGAAACCCUGAGCUGCUCUCUGUGUUCCUUAGUGUCACAUUUCCUUUCUAAGUUAAUGUUAGUGGCUCCGUUGGUCAGCACCGACCACAGGCUGCUUUCUCUCCAGUCUCUGUGGCCACAGGGACAAAGAUGCUAGUUAAAGAUCCAUACCCAUGGAGGCAGGUUCCAUAGCAACAGAAGGGAGGCUGGGAAGCAAAGCGUAUCAGAAACAGAACUUUGUUUCUUGCUCAACUUUUCUCCUUGCAGCUUUCCCUAUUCCUACCCCCAAGGAAUGUAAAAAAAAACAAAGACAAAACACAAGUGGGAUUUUUUCCCCAGUACUUACUUGGUACCCUACCUUCACAUUCGAUUGUCAUCCAUGUGUGAACAUGUUCUCUCGCCAUCUUUCAGGUUUUUAUCCUCCCUGUUCCCCGUUAUCUUUUGAUGCCUCUCUCUUUGUUUGCUCAACUGUGUUGCUAGAUUUUGGAUAUUAAACCUUAUAUUUCCUAAAACUGGCCCAGCCUACGCCAACCUUACUCCACUCACAAGUCUUUAGCUUUAUCAAUUUUGUACAAUCUUAAGCAUGCCAGCUCCCCUGCGUUCUAGCCAGGCUGCAUUCUGCACAGCUGGCUGGCUGCAGUUACAUUUCCCCUCUAUCUCCUCCCCAAAAACCUUUCUUUGCCAAAUACCUCUGGUUUUCCCACAUGGAAGCAUACACUGAGUGUUAAAGAGUUUAUACAUCCAUAGUAGUCCAAACCUGGACAUGUGCUUUGGAAAGGAAAGCAUAGAGAUGAGCAGUGGUGGUUCGUGCAUUAACAAAAUCUUAUGUGGUCCAAUUCUAGAAGAUUCUCUUGAGAAAUGUUUUGAAAGUAUGACUAUGCUGGAAGGUAAUAUCUUCUGUGAUAGUUGCUGUUAUUUGAUAUUUCUGCUCUAGAAUAACCAUAUUUGUAAAAUAAAACUGAUUUUAACCUCAAGGAGAAACAGGUUAAUGGACUUAAUAUAAAGAGUAUUGAAAAACCUAUACAAAUCCGUCUUCUCAUAUAUUUGAAAGAGGUUUUGACCAUUUAGGAUGAUCUCACUGAUUCCAUGUAUGUACUCGAAUCUUCAAUUGUCACAGUAUUGAUAAAGAAAAAUUCAGUAUAAAUGGAAGGGUAACUGCUUACAGCAAAGUAAGGCUCACUCUCAUCAGGGCUUCGAAGCAAAAGAAAACCAGUUUCCCUAGAGAAAUCAUGCAAGAGGCUCACAAAAAAAGGAGCAGGGCUCCUGCUGAAGUUCUCAUAGUGACUGAGUUCUCCUUCAUUACUGUGUACUAAAAAAAUCCCAAUCUCAAGUUGGGAUGAAAGUGGUAAACCACUUCCAAAACCUACCAUCCCUUGGCUGUGUCCCAAAGCCAAGAACAGGGUAUUGUCAAGGGCCUUGGUAUAUCCCAAUGAUCAGUAUGAUCCUGGCCCUUGAAUGGCUGAUUCAGCGAUCAGGUGACUUUGCCUUAUAUGGCUGAGGCAAAGGGAGAGGAGGAAAGCUGGUGUCAGAGGUUAAUCAAACAGAAAGCUUAUGGUCGAAGGUGCCCCAUGUCAAUAUGGUCAAUUUUGCUUGGGGACAUAAUCAAUCAAUUCUCAACCUGCCAGGCUUCCUAUCUCAUAGGAAACAUCUUCAGUGAUUAUUCUCUUCAGUUGGAGUCUUCCAUAUUUAGUCUGGAAGACAAAAAUAUUUGGAAACCAAAAUAGGUCCAUUCAAACCAGCACAGGGAAUCCUCAGCGUUGCAGUUCAAUUGAUUCUAAUUUAAAAAAAAAUUAUUUUAAAAAAUGAACAACAUUCUUGAUCUAGCACAGUGCCUUGCCUAGAAUAACAUUGUGAAAAUUUGUUUGUCAAUAAAAGGACAAUGAGUGGGUGAAGAGACCUGGGGAAGAAGGAUCUGUAAGUCUUCAUGUAAAAUAGAGAUGGGCCUGAAAUCCCUGCCAUCUUGGGCAGUACCCAAAGUGGUCAGCUACAGAUUCAGCUUCUCCAGUGUGCUCAUGUGCCUUUCCUCAAAGCUCCCUCUCACCUGUAGGUUGGUGAGGCAAGGUACUUCUUAGAGAGGACCUACAAGUCCCUAUAACCUUGGCUUAUGGAUCUCAAAGUGUGAUGCCUAAGCCAAGAUAAGAGUGUCACUUACACUUGCUUGAAAUGCAGAUUCAAACUGGGCUAAAAACAGACCCUGCUAUUUUGGAAAUUCUAGGGAAUCUUUAGUAUUAUUUUUUGAUUAUGAAUCAUGGCUAUCCCAACCAAAUGUUUCACCAAGCCAUCCAGGUGAUGAUGAUACCUAUGCUCAAGUUUGAGAACCACCAUACAAGGCCUUGCAGCCAAAUCCCAACAGGAAAGGAACAUUUAGAACCUACGAGUGGGACGGAACCAAGUGCCUACCUCUCACUAAAAGCAGGUGCAAACACAGUGAGGACUUUGGUGGACUUAAGGUCAAAGGAGUGCAGGGAGGAAUCAAUAGAAAGUAAGAUUCAGGGCAAGCUACAAACUGGAUACUGCAACCUCUCUUAAAUGUCCAAAGGGCAAACUGUGCACGCUCUAUCCUGACCUUCCCACCAACGUUGUUUCCCCCCUUGCCUCAUUCUAAUUGGAUUCCCAGUCCAAAUUGCAGAGGUUUGCUUUGCUUUUUCCUCAGAAGUUCCAAACAGCAACUUUGAAAGCAGUGGGGUGCUUGGCAGCCAUUGUGUGUUGUCCCGGAUCCCAGCUGAGCAUUGAGACCCCUUCAUUUGCCAACUUCUUUUUAUAGGAAGCCAAUUAAAAAACAUAUGAAAGUUUUCUUAUAGGAUUGGAACUACUUCUAAUUUUAAAAUGACUUUUUUGAUGUAUUUUUUUGUUAAAUACUAUGUAGUGUAAUGUAUAAUUGCUCUUGUUUAUUGCUUUUACAAUCAUAUUUAUUAAACAGAUAAUGUCUCUAAA